AUGUCUUCGACCCAAGGCUCCAACGAAAGCAACAGGACCCCUGAACCGUCAUCGUUCUUUGGCGGGUCUUCUUCGGCUGGUAGUCCAUCCCGUCCGGUAAAGAGAGCUAGACGCGACUCCACAGCAGACGUUGUUGGAGAAGAUGAGAUGGACACUGCUCAAGUUUUCACAAGUGAGCAGGACGCCGUGUUCUAUAUCUAUCAGAUGCUUAAGUCGCACAAGGCCAUUAAGAUUAUGGCUGUACGUGAAUAA